GUCACACAGGAAGUCAUAUUCAUGGAGUGACAGACAUAAGCGGUGAUUCCGUCUCACAGAGUUUCUUUCUUUGCGAUAUUAACCCAAUACAAAACAUGGCUCUUCUCCUCAAACUGCUCCUCUUGAGUCAGACUUUUAACAAAUUUGUUGCUGAUUUGGAUCUGUUUUCUUGCCCAAAAGGCCAGCUGAUUAAAAUGCACGGUGCAAGUCAGAAAUACUGUGCGGCAUGUCCUGAAGGAUACCACCAGCCCGGAGAGAAUUACUCCAAACAGUGCAAACCGUGCACAAAGUGUAACGAAGUGUCGGGAAGUGAGGUGACAGAGAAAUGCACAAAGGAGACGGACACGAAAUGUCAGUGCCGAGAAGGAUUUGUUCCUGUGGAGCCUGAUUCUGCUACUUGCGAAUGCAGUGUUGGAUUCGGGCUACGUCGUGGAGAAUGCUCAAAAUGUGAGGAUGGCUCCUUCAACCGACGUCCCGACACCCCUUGUAUAAAGUGGAAAGCGUGUAAAUCCGGCGUGAACAUCAGCGGAAACAGCACCUCUGACGUCAUCUGCAAUGGCGAGCCAAAGCGUCACCCGCACGGCUCUCCCACGUCGAACCGCACUGUGUCUGUCAACACACCUCCACAUGAGAGGGCCCAAAGUCAUAACAGCAUUCAUGCUGAUGCAACCACCACCACCACCACCACCACCACCGCAGUGCAUAAAAUGCUAUCUCGUGACAAAGUGGAGCCGGCCCCUCUUUCAACCACCACCAACUUCCACAUUGGUCUGGCCUUUCUCAUCUUUGGAAUUGUUGCACUGCUUAUUCUCAGUGCUGUGACCUGCAAAGUGCAUGUUACUACUUUUGUGAGGAGAUGGUCAGGAGUGCAAAGGGAUUUGCUGUACCGCAGGCCCGUUGAAGAAAGCGGCGAUGGCACUCGCUCCAACCUGAAUUCAAAGAAGCCUUAAUCUCCUGGAUAAUAUCACAGCACAUGUUCAUAUGACCUUGUUUUUCGAUAUUACUGUAAGAAUGACCUGAGUCGUUUGCAUGUUGCGUCCUACAUUACUUAACUGCUACUAGAUGCAUAUUAAUGUUGCCGUUUUUUUUCUGUUAUUCUCAAAGUUUUGUUGAGUGUCUCUUUUACAAUAGUUGAAAACACUGCCACAAACAUGUUGUCAGCGACGUGUGGGCUCGGGGAAUUUCUCUGAACGACGUCAAAUGUGUUUUGUUUCCCCUUUGAAAAUGUUAGCUCUCUCAAGCAUAUUUUCUUUGGAACCUCGCGCAGCAAAUGUGAGGAGCUUCAUUACGAGCGCCCCUCAUCAUUCAAACAGUGGACUUUUGAUUAGGAGUGAGCGUGUGACACACAAAACUGCUUUUUAUGUUGUGUAGAAAAUGUAUACAGUAAAUGCAUGGGACAUCCGGGAAGUUGUUGGGCUUCAAAGAAAUAUACAGCAGUUUGUGGGCAGAAUGAGAAUGUCGGGUUUACUUCUGUAAAGUACAGAAACUUCACAGAAGCAAAACUAAAUGCCUCACAAACACUAACAAUACAAAGCUUUUCCCAGACAAGAAAACCAUUUUAGAGUCAAUCAAAUCCUUUUAGUGUGAAGUGCACAAACACACACACAAAAACACACACGCGGUCGCACGCACACACACAUGCACAUGCGCACACGCACGCACACAGUGUGAGAGAGAGUAGUAUUGAUUAAUGUAUAAAAUAGUACAGUAUUUAGUUAUGCAUUGUAUAGUACAAUAUUGUAUCAUUCACUAACAUAUACUACACGACAAUACAAAACCAUAUACUAUAACAUACUUUUAAAAAGUAUCAUACACUAUACUUCACUACACUUUCCAUACAACUCAUACUGCUGCUCUACUACAGGUACACUACAUUAUAGAAUCAACUGCUAUGCUAC